UUGUUCUGUGUACCAAAAAAUUUGGAGUCUAAUCAUACAGGUGUUUAUCUUUCCCAAGUAAUGACAAAAGAACUGAUGGAGUGGAAUAUUUUAAAUAAAGUAGUUGCAAUUGUAAUGGACGGUGCUGUGAAUAUCAAAUUAGCUGUAAGGUUAAUGGACAUUCCACAGAUUCCAUGUACAGCUCACAAGUUAAAUUUAAUUUUGCAGCAAUCACUAGAAAUCUCAGAGGAGGAUGAAGAUGAUACAGAUGAAACAGGAGGAUAAAAAAUAUUUUGAAGAAAUGUCGCUACAUUGUAGCUUACUUCAAACAAAGCGAAGUUGGUAAUAGAAUAUUAAUAGAAAAACAGAGACAGCUGGGUAUAAAUAAAGUAUUAAAAGUAAAGCAAGACGUCCGUACGCGUUGGAACAGUACUUUAUUUAUGUUGGAGAGACUUGUAAAACUGAAAGAACCUCUAACAAUUGCAAUAAUUUCCUUUACAGAAGCUCCAAUUUUCCUUGACCACGAAGAAUGGGAUAUAGUUGAAGACAUAAUGCCUUUGUUGAGACCUUUCAAUUGUUUAACAGUAGAGCUUUCUGCAGAGCAAUACCCAACAAUUUCCAAAGUGAUACCAUUGAUAAGAGGUUUACAAGGUUCGUUGGUUACAGAAAUGCCAAGAACGCUAAUCGGACAAGUUUUAAAAACGAAUUUGAUUAGCAAUACAACAAAACGUUUUGAUGGUUUUGAAAAACAAACGUUAACACUGAGUUUUUCAAGAGCUACCCUGUUAGAUCCGAGGUUCAAAAAAGUAGCAUUUGGAAUAGAAGAAAAUGCUAAUGAGGCUGAAAAUUACGUAAUUUCAGAAAUAGCUGAUCUAUUAGAUACACCAAAUGCUGUUAAUGAACAAGCAGUUGUUAAUGAAGAAAUUAUUCAAGAACAAGUGGAUAAUGUUUAG